AUGGCCGAAAAAUCCCCCCCAACCGCAACAACCCCGUCCCCGCCCAGCCCACCGCCGUACCUCUCCUCCUCCCCCUCCCACCAAGACACAACCCCCCCGGCAAAACCCAAAUGGUACCGCAGCACGACCUACAACGCCCUAAUUCUGGGGUUGUGCAACUUCCUCGCGCCGGGGCUGUGGACCGCGAUGAACAGCCUCGGCGGCGGCGGGUCCGAAUCGCCCUACCUCGUCGACGCCGCCAAUGCCCUCACCUUCUGCCUCAUGGUGCUCUCGUGCCUCUUCGGCAGCGCCAUCGUGCGCCUCAUCGGGGUGAAAUACACCCUCAUGCUCGGCACGAUCGGCUACGCGCCCUACGCGGCAGGGCUGUACACGAACAACCGCUUCCACAGCUCGUGGCUGCUCCUCCUGGGGGCGGCGCUGUGCGGCCUCAGCGCGGGCAUCUUCUGGCUCGCGGAGAGCAGCAUCGCGCUCGCGUACCCGGAGCCCGGACGGCAGGGGUUCUUCCUGGGCCUGUGGCUGAGUUUCCGCGUGGGGGGCCAGAUUUUGGGGGGUGCCAUUAACCUCGGGUUGAACGUGGACCGCAAUACAGCGGGGAGCGUGAGCUACGCCGUCUUUUUGAUCUUCGUGGCCCUGCAGGCCUGCGGUCCGGUGGCGGGGAUGCUGCUCACGCCGCCGGAGAAGGUCCAGCGCCGCGAUCGUGUCCGCGUGCAGCUGCGGCUGUCGGAGGAGGGAGUGUGGGCCGAGCUGAAGCAUACGGUGCGCUUGCUGUGUACGCGGAAUGUGCUGCUGAUUCUCCCGUUGAUCGCGCAGGCCAUCUACACUGAGGCGGUCAUGUUCACGUACCUCGAUCUCUGGUUCAGCGUGCGCGCCCGCGCGCUGGCGAGUUUCCUGUCGGGGUGCUUGGCGCUCAUCGCCGGGAAUGUGCUGGGGUAUGUUUUGGAUCAUGCGAGGGGGAGCUUGAAGGGUAAGGCGCGGGGGGUCUUUGUGGUCGUCAUGACCCUGCAGGGCGGCGUGUGGGUGUGGGCGACGGUGAUUACCUCGAUUUAUCGGGAGAAGGACCAGGCGGCGCUCGACUGGGCGGAUCCCGGCUUCGCGAGGGGCUGGGUGCUGUAUCUUUUCUGGGUGGCGAUGUUUCAGGUCAAUUAUAUGUUUUUGUACUUCGUGGUCGGCAACUUGGCCCGCAACAAGGGCGAGGUCGUGCGGUUGUCGGCGCUGUUGCGCGGGACCGAGUCGGCCGUGCAGGCGGUUUCGUACGGGCUGAGCAGCGUCGGGAUCAUGGCCUCGGUCGGCGGCACGUACCUCAACUUCGGGCUGUGGGCCGUCUCCGUGUUCCCUGCGUGGCUGGUGGUCCGCCAGAUUGGGACCACGCUGGGCGAUCGGAAGAGGGAGAGGGAGGAGGAGUUUGAGUAG